AUGGUCAUCUACACCAUCCGGAUCUUCCACUUGCAGGGUUGUCAAAGAAAACAAACCAUCCAACACACACCAUUGAUCGUCCCCGAGUGCGCGGUGGUGGCUCCUGCUUUAACAACUUGGGGCACUGUCCAAAAUACUUCCACUUUUCUAAAAAGCUUCUUGUGCGGCCGCACUCGAGUGCUCUGCUCAGUGGCAGCGCUAGCUGCGGUGGUUCUUCUUGUCCUGUUCCGGCCCCGCCCGCUGUCCCUGCUGCUGCUGGGGAGCGAGCCUGGGAUACCGAAACCUGGUGGUUCGGUUAGGUGCUCCGCCAGCCACAUCCCUCGUCAACGUCGUCAGACGGAGCAGAACACUUCCGCCAGCAGCACCACCAGCAAGAUGAUGAGCUUCAGGAGCACCCACGAGGGGGCCGGGUUCGGCCACGCCGCUGCCAGCGGAGCGCCGUUGCCGUGGUGGGCAGGGCCGACGGCGGCCCCGAUGCUGUGCGGCGAGCCGUUGGGCCUGGGGAGGCCGGUGGCCGCCCUGUCGCCGGAGGACCACUGCCGGGAUGGCCGCUUCCAGGUCCUCCAGGGACCGCUGGAUCCUCCCGUGCCGUCGCUCAAGGCUCCUGUGGCGCAGCAGCAGCCGGAGAGGGGCCUCCCUGAGCUCCUCAACCUCUCCGUGGCUCAUCAAGGUAAAGGGAAGAAAGGUUCUGAGCACUCUGCCACUGUUGCUUUGCAAUCACCAUUUGCAAUAUACAAUGGUCGUUUUGAGUUGGGCCUUGGUCAAUCAAUGAUUUCUGCUGAUAAUUCUUAUGCUGACCAACACUAUGGCCUGCUUUCUCCUUAUCCAAUGGGGGCAACGCCUGGAGGUCGUAUGCUUAUACCACUGAAUAUGCCAACAGAAGCACCAAUUUAUGUGAAUGCUAAGCAAUAUGACGCUAUUAUGCGUCGACGCCGUGCCCGUGCCAAAGCAGAGAGGGAAAAUAGGCUGGUCAAAGCCAGAAAGCCAUAUCUUCAUGAGUCACGCCAUCAGCAUGCACUGCGUCGCCCACGAGGCUCUGGUGGACGUUUCCUGAACACAAAGAAACAAUCCAACGGGAAGGAUGCUGGUGGAGGCAGCAAGGCAACGUUCAGCAACCCCCUUAUGCGCCAGGUGGUGUCUCCAAGUUCAGAGAUCCAGCAGUCAGACCUGGGCAACCCAAGCAGCGUCUCCAGCUUGUCGGGUUCGGAGGUGUCAAGCAUGUACGAUCGUGAAGACAUGGAUCACUACCACAGCUUGGAUCACCUCCGUACGCCCUUCUUCACCCCGCUCCCGAGCAUCAUGGACGGCGAUCAUGGGGUCGUCGGUAACCCCUUCAAGUGGGCAGCAGCCUCUGAAGUCUGCUGCGACCUCCUGAAAGCAUGA